AUGAGGUCAAGAGUUUGUCCUGCCUUCGCCCUUUCAUCCGCGGCCACGCAAGUUUGAAGCUCAGCAGACACACACACACAAACACCUGGACAACCGUCUCCGUACCUGGAGCAUUCCGUUGACGUCAGCCCCGGGGCGGGCACGAGGUGAGGUAAAUCAAAGCGUUGGGCAGACAGACCGAGAGAGAGCGAGAGGCACGAUCGCACUAGAAGUUUAUGUCUGCCUGUACUCUCGAUUGGCACAGGUCCUCCAUUAACAGCUGAAUAUCUGAAACUGGUUUUGUGAACCUUGCGUUAUACAUGCCACAUUAAAAAUGGUCGAUAGCGAUAUUCUUCAGAGGUAGUCUGUCCGUUGUAGCUCCGAGCGCGGAACUGUUUUUGAAAACUACUCCUUCGGGUGCGUUCCCUACGCAGGUUAUAUGAACUGGAUGUUCAGAGCGCGAGGGAAGAGGAGAGCUGGAUAUGUGGAAGUCGUUUGUCCCCGCGCGCAAGCUGCUGCGUAGCGGGAAAUACCUGUUGCUGGUGCUGCUGUUCUUCUGUGCGCUGGGGGCUUACCUGCAGUUCGCCACCACCAAUGACAUGGACACAAUCCAAUCCAGUGUCCACAUUGACAUACCUGGGAUAAGAGCUGCAGCAAGAAGGGAGCCACUCCGAGUGCACAACUCUGAUGUGGACACAGAGGAAUCCUGGAGAACACACACUCCUCCAGCAUGGAGUCCACAGCACAAGGGCCAAGCCAACCUGCACAUCUUUGAGGACUGGUGUGGCAGCUCCAUCAAGCAACUCAGAAAGAAUCUACAUUACCCUCUUUACCCUCAUUCCCGCUCCACAGUGAGUAAGCUGGCCGUGUCUCCCAGGUGGACAAACUACGGCCUGAGGAUCUUUGGAUACCUCCACCCAUACACAGAUGGUGAGUUUGUGUUUGCUGUAGGCUCCGAUGAUAACUGUGAAUUCUGGCUGAGUUCUGAUGAGUCUUCAAACAAUAUACAGCUACUUGCUGCAGUAGGGAAGGCAGGCAAAGAAUGGACAGCCCCUGGGGAAUUUGGAAAAUACACCAGUCAGAUGUCUGAGCCAGUCCCACUCCUGGCAAAGCAGAGGUAUUUUUUUGAGCUCAUCCACAAGCAGGAUGACAAGGGAACAGAUCAUGUGGAAGUUGCGUGGCGUCUAAAUAAGCCUGAGAUGGAGUUUUCAGUUGUCGAUUCAGAACACAUCUCCCUCUACACCAAUGAAUCAUCUCUGAAGAUGAGCGAUGUGGCUCACAUUCCACAGAACAUGGCCAGUCAUGUGACCCCGCCCUCUAAGCGACCUCAGGCCACGCCCCAUGGAGCGGACAUGCUGCAAGAGGAUCCCAGAGACACAUUCCACCAGAUUCCACUGAUAGAUCCUGUAGACAUGAAGAACAUCCUGCCUGACUGUUCCUAUAAUCCAAGUUACACCCUUAAAGGAUUCCCUCUCUCCCGCUAUCAGGGCCUGCAAUUUGUUCAUCUUACCUACGUCUACCCCAAUGAUUUCACACGACUCACGCACAUGGAGGACGACAACAAAUGCUUCUACAAGCCAGUAUAUCAUCCAAGGUUGGGCUUCUCCUGGAGCAUGAGUCUGGAUGGGGUGGAGGAUGACAUCACAACCACAGAGGAAGAAUGGACAGUGUUGAGUGACAGAGAGAGACAGAGACAACUAAAGAGAAAUGAGAUUCCCGACUACGGAGACGAUUAUGAUGACUAUGUCCACCAUCGCCAGCGCAAGCUCUUUGGGCUCACCAAGCAUGGCAUUCCACCUAUAGAACACCAGGACCCAGUAGACCAGCCAGAAAAUCCAACCAAACAGAAAUCAUCCAGCGCUCAAAGGAAUCCACCAGAACAUCUAAAGAAUCUACCAGAACAUCUAAAGAACGUCCCCAAAGAGGAUCAGAACCUGGACAGAGAGGGCAAGAGCCGACUCAGGGAGUUUCAGAGCCCAAUUCAGAACCAACCAGUAUUCAAUAAGCAUCCAGUAACGCAGCAGAAACCAAUCAGGUUUAAGGGGGGGAAACAUGGGCGGAGACAGAAUCAAAGGGAGGGGCCUCUUGUGGUAGACAGACUAGUUGAAGAACCAAUCAGAGAAAGACCCCGCCGUAACACUGUAGAGGAACAACACACACCCAAAGACCAACGUGUCGCCCACUCCCAGAACUCCUCUAAAGAUGCACAGAAUCAACACACAGUGCAGGAAAAGUCACCACCAAGUCACUCCCAGAACUUGCCAGCGCUCCGAAACCUCACUGAUAAGCUUCAUGGCUUACAGCCCGUUCACCAGAAAACUCAUGAGGACCAACUGGACUCGAGGAAACGACUAAACCGGGUGGAGGAGGCGCCAGACAGAGACGGGAAGGAGGGGCAGAGGGGGAGGAGGAAGAGAGUGGUGGAAGCUGGAGGAGAGCAGAACCGGAAGAAGGAACAUCACCGAGGAGGAGGGGAGGGUCUGCAAAACAUCCCCAAAAUAGCCCAGGACCGACCCAGAACAGCUCAGAACUCCCUCAAGAAGCAGGAGCUGCUCCCCACGCCUCAGAAAACAGCACCACAGCGGCGGCCAGGGGAGCAGGGGAGGCCAGGCAGAGCCAAGGGGAGACUGGCCAGAGGGGAGCGGGACAUGGGGGCGCAGGAGCACCCCUCCAACAGCACAGAACCAGGGAAGCGUCUCCCCCAAGCAGUACAGGCUCCACCAAAACAGGUUCAUCUUCCAAUCAGAGAGGAGGCACCAUCCAAACAUGUGCAUCUUCCAAUCAGAGGUGACCAGGAUCCACUCAAAGAGGCUCAUCUUCCAAUCAGAGGAGACAAGUAUCCACUCAAAGAGGCUCAUCUUCCAGCCAAUCAGUAUUUACCCCCGGAUGUGCUGAACCCCCCCGAAGACCUACAGCCGCCAGUUAGACUUCAGAGGCCAACCGUUAAGCCCCAACCACUGGAACCACAUGGCCCUAUCAGGGCCAAGCGGAAGAGACUGAACAGGUGGGAGGAGUCUCCUGUGGAACAGGAAGUGGCAGAGGACUCCAGAAGAGCGGCCUCAAAAACAGACCACAGGGACCGGCAGGACUGGGACCGAAACAAGCUGCCAUUGAUUGACAAAGCCAUAGCCAAUGACAUUAAUGAGUACAGUAAGCAGAUUCAGCUCCAGCUAGCUCAUCCCCCGACAGUCGCUGGCAACGGUGUCCAUGGCAGGGAGGGGGAGAGACCAGACUGGGGCAACGCCCCUGAUGGAGACAAGGAGGCAGAUAAGGAUAGAGAGGAGUGGCAGCCAAACUGGGACUAUGACGACAUACAGGAAGAGGUGGUGCCCUUUGACCCGGAAGUGAACUGGGCUCAGACGUUCCGUCUGAAGCCUGUGGAUCUGCACGCAGUACGCACUGAUUGGAUAGACUUGACCUGCAACGUGUCCGGAAACCUGCUUCUCAACGAACCAGACGCACUGGCUGUUGUCCAGGCUUUUAUAGAGAAACUCAACAGUAAACAUCAGAGGCUGUACUCUCUUGUGCAGGUAGUGAACAUUGAGAAGCGUGAGGAUACCUUGCAGGGCAGCCGCUACCUGCUGGAGCUGGAGCUCUUGGAUAAGAGCGGUCAUCAAGUGCGCGUGUCACAAUACGUCUACCUUCUGCCCCGUAACCAGGGAUACCAGCAAGCCACCAGGAAAGAACCUUUGCUAUGCAACCCAGUUGGGUUCCAGUGGAACCCCAGAGCCACUGUUCACUUUAUCGUUCCAGUGAAGAACCAGGCUCGCUGGGUUCAGCAGUUCAUAUCUGACAUGGAGGAGUUGUACCAGGCCACUGGAGACCCAAACUUCAACAUCAUCAUCACUGACUAUGAGAGCACCGACAUGGACAUUCUACAGAGCCUCCAAAACGCCAGCCUGCCAAGCUAUCAGUAUGUGCGGUUGAGUGGAAAUUUUGAGAGAGCUGCUGGACUUCAGGCUGGGAUAAACCUCAUCAAAGAUGAGCACAGUAUUGUGUUCCUGUGCGAUCUGCAUAUCCAUUUCCCUGCGGGGUUCGUGGAAAGCGUGAGGAAACACUGUGUGGAGGGAAAGAUGGCCUUUGCUCCCGUGGUGCUGAGACUCAACUGUGGAGCUACGCCUCAGGAACCAGAUGGCUUUUGGGAGGUGAAUGGCUUUGGGCUGCUGGGCAUCUAUAAGUCUGAUCUGGUGGCCGCAGGAGGAAUGAACACUGAGGAGUUCACCAACCGCUGGGGAGGAGAGGACUGGGAGCUCCUGGACAGGAUCCUGCAGGCGGGACUGGAGGUGGAGCGUCUCUAUUUACGGAACUUCCUGCAUCACUACCACUCCAAACGUGGCAUGUGGAACAGACAGGUGCUCAGGAACACGUAACCAUGGCUACCUGCAUGGCAACAGUCAACAGGGCACUUUAAAUUACCUACUUGCCAUUUCUGACACAGUGGAGUGGUCAAUGGCCCAUCGGGAGUUGGGUGUCAGCAGGGCAUUCCAGCAUUGUGAUUGGCUGACCUGCUGUGUCAGGUAUCUACAGUCUCACUAAAUCUCUGUGAGACUGUCUGGGAUUAAUUAAUAAUCCUGGAGACAUUGCAACUCUAUGGUCUUGAAAAAGAUUCCCACUGAAGAGAGAACUGUGAGAAAUGUCUCUUUAUAAAGUCCACCCGGUCAGUUCUUUUUGCGAAGAACUGGUUUAUUUAUUUAUUGUUAUUUUUUAACAUUGUUUGUAAGUGUAUCUGAAUGGAUGGAUUCUCCUAUGGAUUUUCUACGUGACCCUAUGCUCUACCACACACCCCUGCCUGGCCUUUUGGGUGUCCCGUCUGUGUCUGCGACUUCUGCAGCGAGCCCUCAGUGACCUCUGCAGCGACCCCUCAGUGACCCCUCAGUGACUACAGCAGCAGCUACUCGCCCAGAAACGCAACA